AUGUUGUCCGAGCUCCUCCUCACGUUUGUCUUAACCACAUGUGUGCUGGGAUGCGCAGAUCACUCAAAUCACUUUGCAUAUCGCGAUAUGCGACGGGACAUCCCAAUUACGGAAGCCGACCCGGGCAGAGACGCCAACGACUGGACUUAUGAGGUUUCUUCUAAUUGGGGAUACAUCAAUCCCAAAUACUUCCUAUGCCAGAACGGCACACAGCAAGCGCCCAUCGGCCUGACUUCCGCUCAAGGCUUUUCCGCGGUCCACAGGCCAGAAUUCGGGAACUAUGCGCAGAACAUCUCGGGCAACUACUUCAACUGGGGUUACGGCCCGGCAUUCACGCCUCACUACGACAAAGGCUCGGUGACCAAGCUUCCCAGCAUCACCUUCGACGGCGUUACCGCUUACAUGGUAGGCUGGCAUAUUCACACCCCGGGUGAGCAUCCAGUCAACGGUAGGCGCAGUAUGGCGGAGAUGCAUUUCGUGCACGCCGACGCCGACAGUAACUACGUCGGUGUCCUGGCCAUGCGCAUCGAUCCUUCUGGAGACACGGACUCCGCGUUCGUCUCUCAGUGGCCAUGGUAUAUUGGCUUCAACGAGACCAGACAGUUGACCAAUGUUCAACAGGACCUCGAUUUGGCGCUGAAUGAGGUUGAUUCUUUUGGUAACUUUUGGACCUAUAUGGGGGGGCUGACCGUUCCGCCGUGUUCAGAGGGCAUUCGAUUCUUUAUGGCGGACAAGGUGUUGAAAGUUAGCAACAAGCAGAUGCAGCGGAUUAUGGGCAUGUCGGCUUACUCGACUCGCAUUGAGCAGCAUGUCUGGAUGCAGGGCGUGAAUGAAUGA